GGCAACCCACUGCAGUCUUCUUGCUUGGAGAAUCCCAUGGACAGAGGGGCCUGGUGGGCUACAGUCCAUAGGGUCACACAGUCGGACACGACUGAAGUGACUGAGCACACAUGCGUAGUGUGUAUUACACUCACUUUUCAAUGAGAGAAACCAGCAAAUCUGGAAUGACUAUGUUGUUUCAUUCAGUACUUAACCCAAAGUUGUGAUUUUGAGUUUUCAUGCCCUCCUUGAGAUGCUGUCCCAUUUUAUGGUAUGCCACAUGUGGAAUUACUUCUGAUCUUUUUGGUUCUCUCAAGUCUAAAUUAUGCAUUGGAAGUCUGUGCGAGCCUUUGAUGACAUCAUUAUCAGUACUAAUGUACUCAUGUCCCAGCAUUCACCUGUUGGAUCUCAUGUUACCAUAAAUUAUUUUCUAGGUGUACUUUAUGUUGUGAUUCAGGGCCCUGUAUUGAUUGUUUAAAAUUCUCUAUGGAGGUAGGUUAUAGGUAUAGCCUAUGAAUUUCAUUUCAGGAGAGUAAAAGUGGUGUUACAAGAUACUUGUUACACAAAAGAGACCUUGGGUCUGAUGGAUGAGAACCCUGCUCUCCUGGCUGGCCUCCCUGCAUCCUCGCCUCAGUGGGCAGAGGGACAGCCAUGGGCCCUCUCCUGUUCUGGGUUCAGGGGAGCCGCCAACCGCCCACUCUUCCUGCUCUGGCAGGUCUCCAGCCCCCCAGCCCCUCUCUGCCCUGGGCCCACAGGCAGCUGAGAGGCUGCUGCUCUGGCACAGUGGAGGGCGCCCAGGCCCCUCACUCUGUAGUGGAGCUCCACAAGAAGGGCUUGGGACCCACUUCCAUGGGGGUCACAGGGGAUGCUUGGGGUCCAGGCAGUGCUCCGUGCUCCAGCAGCAUCACAUGCAAGUUCUGGUUGGGGUAGCCAUCAGCUCAGGGCUACCUUUUGCCCCUGGUCAGAGGGUCGAGAGGCCAGGGCCAAAUGUCCUCACCUCGGGGAAUCCCUGGGGGGGUCUCAGACCGGAGACCAUCCUCAGAGCCUCUGACUGCCUUCCCAAGCCCAGUGGAGGCCUCAGGCCAGCCCCACCCCAGCUGUCCCUGUGGCCUGGGCUGGAACUGCAGAAGGACAGUCUGGUGAGGGUAACAGGGGCCCCUCAUUCAGCCCUGGAGUGGCGAGAGCUGCAAGCCUGCUCUGCUCUCAGGAGGCAGUGCAUUUCGCAGUGCCAAGACGGGCAGACACUGCAUGUCACACGUCUGUCGGGGGCCUGAAGGUCGCUGGGAACGUGGCUGGAAUCUGCUCAGGGGCCCUGUCUUCCCCCAGCCCAAGCAGAGGCUGCCAAGUUUGGGCCUAUCCUCUCCUCCUGUCCUUAUUUGGCGUUCCAGGUGAUAAGGCUGAGACAUAAAGGGGGCUGUGGGCCCCUCGAGGCAACCAGGCCGCUGCAGAGAGAGAGGAUGGCCAGCAGGAAGGCAGGGACCCGGGGCAAGGCUGCGGCCACCAAGCAGGCCCAGCGAGGCUCUUCCAACGUCUUUUCCAUGUUCGAGCAAGCCCAGAUCCAGGAGUUCAAGGAAGCCUUCAGCUGCAUCGACCAGAACCGUGACGGCAUCAUCUGCAAGUCGGACCUUAGAGAGACCUACUCCCAGCUCGGGAAGGUGAAUGUUCCAGAAGAGGAGCUGGAUGCCAUGCUACAGGAAGGGAAGGGGCCCAUCAACUUCACUGUCUUCCUCACACUGUUUGGGGAGAAGCUCAAUGGGACAGACCCUGAAGAGGCCAUCCUGAGCGCCUUCCGCCUCUUUGACCCCAGUGGCAAAGGCGUGGUGAACAAGGAUGAGUUCAAGCAGCUUCUCCUGACCCAGGCAGACAAGUUCUCUCCAGCUGAGGUGGAGCAAAUGUUCGCCCUGACACCCAUGGACCUGGCAGGGAACAUCGACUAUAAGUCCCUGUGCUACAUCAUCACCCAUGGGGACGAGAAGGAGGAGUGAGCCCGAGGUGCCAGCGACUGGGACUUAGGGCCAGGCCUGUGGGGACACCUCAAUAAACGCUAUUUCCGAAUUAGA